CCUUGUCUAAUCUUUGGAACCAUCAGCUAGGUGCCCUGCCAUUGGUUGGUCAAGAAGGAGGAAGCAGAAUGUCCUCAUUGUUACACCAUAAGUUUAAAACUUCAGACUCUGGUUUUGUUAGUGCCAACGACUUGAACAGGUUGGUUUUGGCCUGUUUUCUCUGGUGAUCACAAGCUGAUGAGAUAAAUACCUCCUAGAUCUUGUGAAUCCACAAAACAGUUUGGUCUUGCCAUCACUCAGGUGCAACAGCAGCAUUGCUACCUUGAGAUUGGGGUUUUAGGGUACCCUGGAAGGGAAAGAAACAUUCCUUUCCUUUACUCAAGGACAGCAUGUUAAAGCUAAAGGAUUAGGCUAGAUAUUCUCUACUUCUUGGUCUUUUUAUAGAGUAGAAGCUCAUCCUGAAGAAAAUUUUUAAUAGUUUGAGAAUAUUAAAUGCCAACAUUUUGUUAGAUGUCCUAGAGAUUAUAUAAAAUACAAUUUUCCUACCCUUUUAUUUUGCUUGUAGAUUCAAAUUGAUAUUUGUUUGGGAUUUCAGUUGGAAGGCGGGCCUGUGAAAAAUGGAACCAAACUCGCUGAGGACUAAAGUUCCAGCAUUUUUAUCUGAUUUGGGAAAAGCUACCUUGAGGGGGAUCAGGAAGUGUCCCCGGUGUGGCACAUAUAAUGGAACCCGAGGACUGAGUUGUAAGAACAAAACAUGUGGAACCAUCUUUCGCUAUGGAGCACGAAAGCAGCCCAGCAUUGAAGCUGUCAAAAUAAUCACAGGAUCUGAUCUGCAUAUCUACUCAGUACGACAGAGAGACAGGGGUCCAGAUUACCGGUGUUUUGUGGAACUGGGUGUUUCAGAGACGACAAUUCAGACAGUUGAUGGUACCAUCAUUAGCCAGCUGAGCUCAGGACGAUGUUAUGUCCCUUCAUGUUUAAAAGCAGCCACUCAAGGUGUUGUUGAAAAUCAGUGUCAGCAUAUCAAGUUGGCUAUAAACUGCCAGGCAGAGGCCACACCUUUGACUUUGAAAAGCUCAGUCUUGAACUCAAUGCAGGCCUCCCCAGAAACCAAACAGACCAUCUGGCAAUUGGCCACAGAACCUACUGGCCCACUGGUACAGAGGAUUACUAAAAACAUUUUGGUGGUGAAAUGCAAAGCCAGCCAGAAGCACAGCUUAGGGUAUUUGCAUGCAUCUUUUGUUCAGAAAAUCAGUGCCAAGAGCAUGACAGAGCGCCGGUUCUUCUGCUCCUGCCAGACUCUGAAAUCAAACAAGUCAAAUACCUCCAAGGAUGAGCUGGCUCAGAGAUGCAUUCACUUCUUUGCAUGCAUCUGUGCCUUUGCCAGUGACGAGACAUUGGCUCAGGAAUUCUCUGAAUUUCUCAGUUUUGAUUCCAAUGGUCUUAAAGGGAUUAUUGUGCCCCAGUUAGGUUGCCAUCCAGAAUCUUCAGCACAGAUUUGUGAGUCCACUGCCUCUAAGCCAAAGAAGAGGAAAAGGGAUGAAGCAUCUGGUACCCAGACCAGUAGUCCACUUUUGGCUCAAGAUUCUGUGAGCAGUAAUCUAAGAAAAAGCAGCUUGAAAAAAACAGCAGUCACUUCUUCCAUAAAAAGGCAGGCCUGUAAUCAACUGCUAGAUGAAUCACAAGUGACUUUAUCCUUCCAAGAUUGGCUGGCCAGUGUCACAGAACGCAUCCACCAAACUAUGCAUUAUCAGUUUGAUGGCAAACCAGAGCCAUUGGUAUUCCACAUUCCUCAGUCCUUCUUUGAUGCUCUACAGCAGAGGAUUUCUGUUGGAAGUGCAAAGAAAAGGCUCCCCAACUCCACCACAGCUUUUGUGCGAAAAGAUGCCUUGCCGCUGGGGACCUUCUCUAAAUACACCUGGCACAUCACAAAUAUCCUGCAGGUUAAGCAAAUCUUAGAUACCCCAGAGAUGCCCUUGGAAAUCACCCGCAGCUUCAUACAGAACCGAGAUGGUACUUAUGAGCUAUUUAAGUGUCCUAAAGUGGAAGUAGAGAGCAUAGCAGAAACUUAUGGUCGUUUAGAGAAACAACCAGUGCUCCGACCACUGGAACUGAAAACUUUUCUGAAAGUUGGUAGUCAUGUAGUCCUUGUGGAAAAAAACAUUUUUCCUUUGAAUCUGCUUGCAGUUGUUAUGAAGUUAUUCACUCCUUUUGGGGGAAUCUCUAGAUCUACAAUAACUUUUGAUGCUGGCAAUACCUCUCCAGAUCAGAAGGAGCCGACACCUUUCAUCAUUGAAUGGAUUCCAGAUAUUUUGCCCCAGUCCAAGAUUGGUGAGCUGAGAAUCAAGUUUGAAUAUGGCCACCAUCGGAAUGGACAUACAGCUGAAUACCAGGAGCAACGGCCCCCAUUAGACCAGACCUUAGAGUUGACACCUUUGACUACCAUCACUUUUCCAUGAAGCAAAAGAACCUUUUGCUGCUGAGUUUGCACAUCCCCACUCCUUGGCAAUUUCAGAUACUCCUUAGGCACUUAGACAUUGACAGUUUUCUUAGCAAACUGCUUUUCUAUAGGAUGCUGUUUUCCAAAGCAUCCAAGUGGGUUAUGUUGAUGAAAAAUCUUGUAAAUAGCAUGUUUUGGUGCUGCUCUGUGUGCUCUUUAGAUGAAUUGUGCUGUAUUUCUGCUGGGGUUUAAGUGUGGGGAGGAGAAACCUUCCCUCAUCUGGACAUUUCCUUUAGAACUUAUUUCUAUCUUUUUUCUAGCACUCUUAAAUCAGUUAGCUAAAACUUAAAUCUUACAGAUCUCAGAGAGUAUUGGAAAGAUAAUGCCCUAGUUUAGGACAAAUGUAUUAUCAUUUGGAGCAUCCUGGCAUGGCUCCAGUAAUGCUUCUUGUUAUUUUCUUAAAAUAAAGCACAUUGUCACCCCUUUUCAAGAUAACAUUUUAUGUUGAUCUGCUUACAAAUAAGAAACCUUCCCUUGGAUUGAGCUGAUAGUGAAAUUGGGUAAAGAGACAUAGGUGUUAGGAUUUCUAACCAAUACUUAUACAAUUCUUCAAGCCCUUAAUAUUGGACUUAUUUUUUUCCUCUGUACUCCCAAAAUGCUAUUAGCCAGUAAAAUCAAUUCUUGUCUCUGA